AUGGCCGAUCACGUAACGCACGAAACAGCGGCAAGUUCCCCAUCGGUUCCAUCGCCCACGAGCGAACCGUCAGCGGGGAAAACUGAAGCCUCCCUAUUGCAUCAAAUAGCUAUCAUCGAGAAGCGCAUCAAGGAGAUUGAAUUGGAGCAAACGGCCACGGCGAAUCCGCUUCCGCCCAACAUUCAGGCCAAACUGUACGCGUUGCGCAAGAUCCAGCUGGAUAUCGUCGACCGGGAGGUGCAGUUCCACUACAAGGCACACGCGAUGGAGGUCGAAUACCAGUCGGUGUUUAAUGAAUGUCACGAAAAGGUUGCUCGGAUCAUCAAUGGGGACGAUGUGCCCGAGCUGCUGGAAUCGAAUCCCGCCCCGAACGAUGUGGCCGAUCAACCGAAAGGGAUACCGGAGUUUUGGUUGACCGUGCUGAAAGCCAGCUUUCUCGAACACAUGAUUCAGCCGACGGAUGAACCGGUGCUGAAAGAGCUGCAGGAUGUACGUGUCCACCUCGUGAACGAACCGGAGGCCGGAUUUGAGCUAGAGUUUUACUUCGCCAGUAACGAUUACUUCACGAACGAGGUGCUCACCAAGCAGUACUUUUUGCGCUGCGCUCCGAAUCCGGAUGCACCGGCCAAGUUUAACGGGUUCGAAAUCUACAACUGCAAAGGCUGCACCAUCGACUGGAAGCCGGAUCACAAUCUGACGGUGACGCCGGGGAAUUCAUUCUUCGAUUUUUUCGCACCCGAAAUGUUGAUCAAUGCCGACUACGAUGCGGACUUUAACGAAGCUGUACUGGAGUGUGAUUUCCAGUACGGGUACCACAUCAAGGAGACGAUAAUUCCCAGGUCGGUGUUUCUGUUUCUCAAGGAAAGCACCCAUCUUGGACAAAGCUGCUGCUGUAGUCGAUGUGUUUACUUCGAAUGUCUCGAUGAUUUAAUGGCCAAUUCGUCUCUUAAUGUGGCGAACGACGGAGAAGGGUCAAACCAUGAAUCAAGCACUGGGGCAGAUGUUGAUGCGCCACUGGACGAUUGAGUACUAGUGUGUCGUGGUGCAUUUUUAACAGAGGAUAUCUUGAGUUUCUUGAGAGCAAAUUUUAUGUAAAAAUUAAAAACAUUUAUAUGAAUAUUUUCAGAUGUAUCAAAUAUAUUUAGUUAUUUAA